AAAAAGGCCGAUUCAAAUAAUAGACUACAACGAAAAUACCUUCAUAAUCAUUUUCUUGAAUAUAAUAAUAAAAUCUCCAUAUUUUUCAAUAGACUACGAAAGAGGCCGGCAAAUCGGCGAUUAUUUUUUUCAUUCAAUCAGCUUUUACUUUCUUUGGUAGCUCCACGUUUGAUGCGUUAUCAAUUUGAUAUGAUGAUCAGCUCAGUGUUAUCAGAAUUGUUUCGUAAAAUAUUUGUGCCAGCAUUUACAGGUUCAGUGAAAAAUGUUGGCAGUAAUGAAGGUUCUAUUUUUUCAUCGCUUCAUAAUUUACUUCGAAAUAAUCGUGUUCAACAACAACAACAACCUCAGCAGCUACAGGCAAAUUUGAUGCCAACGCCAACAUCACAGACGAAUGUAGAUCUCCAAAAGCUAUUAGACAAUGCACAGAAAUUGAUCACGCUUCAGGCAAUGAUACGGAAUGGUGACCAAUCGAACAGUAUCGAUGAAUCAAAAAAAUCCAUCAAUGCUGACAGUCAUAAAGAGUUUAACACAUCUUCGAUGAAAAAAAAGAAAAAAACUAAUAAUAAGAACGCUCAUCAUCAUCAAUCUAACAGCAAAAAAGAUGAAAAGCUACCCAAUUCCAACAAUCCAACCGCAAUGAUCAACAACCUUUCCAAUGGUCAUUCGGCAGUAUCAACCAAUGAUUUCAUUGAUUUCAUUAGAAAUAAUUGGAAAUCUAAUCAUGCAACAAAUAGUCAAAACUUAAACAGUAGUAACAAUGACGAUCAUCAAAAGAUUUCAGGCAUCGAACCAUCAACAUCUAAUGGCAAAUCAGUCAAAAAUAACAUUUUUAAGGAUUUUAACAUCAAUCACCUGGUGGCUAAAUCACCAUCAUUAGAUAUGGGCCAUCAUCCUUCAAUUGAUAUUGGCAGUGGCGAUGAUAGUAGCCUGCCAAAUUUUUCGUCUAAUAUAAUUAGCAAGCUGAAAAAUUCCCAUUCAUCAUCAUCAUCAUCAUCAAAUGCAGCAAAAACGAUUGAUUCUAAAAAGAAAUUUCAAAUUUUCAAAAAGAAAGCGAAAAUUGAAGAUUUUAAAAUGUCUCAUUUAACAUUUAUCGAUACCGAGGUGCCAAACUAUGGUAAUCAAUUGUUGAUAAAAGAUCCAGAUAAGGAUGGAGACGAUGAUUCAGUUGAAAGUUCUCAUCCUUUUUCAUCAUCAAUGACAAUGAGAAAUCAUUAUUUAAAAUCAAAGCCAUCAUCAUCAUCAUUAUUACCGAAUGACCACGACCUCGAAAGAGCGAAUCGUUGGAAUAAUGUCCUAUCCAGUAUAUGAAAAGAAAAAAAGUUGUCAACUUGUCAAAA